AUGUCAGAUUCUGAAGACUUAGAAAAGAAACGUUCUGCAGAGACAGUAGAUAUGGAAGAUGAUGAUGAUGAUGGCAAAAUGCUGAAUAGAAAAAGAUUAAAACUGGAUGACACUGUUGAAAAGUCAGCUGACACUGCCAGUCCCUCUGAAAAAGGAUAUCACAAAGGUGACGACAAAUGUCAGACAUCAUCUGAUGCUUCUGAGAUUAAACCUGUUACAGACAUUGCAAGUGAAGAGGACAUUGCUUUUGAGAUAGACAGAAAUGAAGUAAAUAUAAAAGGAGAGAAAGGAGAUCUGGUUGAAAAUGAAGCAAGUGCCGCCAGUGAGAAAAACCAAUCACUAGAAAUAAAAAUAUCUAAGGUGGAAAGUUUAGGGGAAGAAUUUAGUGACUCUAUAACUGAAGUCUCCAAGUUAAAUAAAAAUUCAAGCAGUUUUUUGGAAAUCAAGAAAGAAGCGACAAAAAGUGACAGCGAUGAUCAGGCUGAUGAAACUUCAACUGUAAGAUCAGAAGGAAGCGAGAAGGAAAAUAUUGAUGUUAAAAAUGAAAAAUUACGGUCGCCUGAUUUGAUUAUGUUGUCUGAUGAAGAAGAAAGUUUUAAAACUGUCAAAGAUGAUGGUAGUCCAGAGGCUGCAGUCCACCGUAGUCGUAUUUUGAAAAGAAUUAAAGCCCUUCAAAAUCAUUUACGCAAUGAGGAAGCCACCCUGGUACUUUUGAAGAAACUGAGACAGAGCCAGAUUGUGCAUCCCCAGGAAAGUGUCCAGCAAACGCCACCAGCCAGACCCCAGCCUCCUAAGCAGCUGAAUCAGCACAGCAUGAAGCCACACCGUGAUCCACCACCUUUAGUCAGGGGUAAUCAAAAUCAGCCAGCCUCAAAGGCUCUCAACAAUGUCUCUCAAAGUCCGCACAUGUGGGGGCAGCAGAUGAAUAACCAGCCGGCACGAUCCCAGCAAGGACCUCCACCCUUGGUCACAACAGCUCGUUCUGGAAAUGGCCACGGCAGUUUAUCUCAGCAGCCAUCUCAUUCAUCCCGUGGCAUUAUACCACAGAAUAUCCCCAGAGGUAAUGAUGCAGUCCGUAGUCAGCAGCGAAUUCAACAACAGCAGCAGCAGCAACAACAGCAGCAGCAGCAAAUAACUCAAAAGCCAGCUCAGGUACCUCAGGCUCCAACUCCUCAGCCACAGGACACCCAAACUCCGGCUCAGCGCCAGGCAGCAGCCAAACAAGCUUUACGUAAACAGUUGGAGAAAACACUUUUGCAGAUACCUCCACCCAAGCCGCCACCACCAGAAAUGAACUUUAUUCCUUCACUAGCCUGCCCAGACUUUAUUUUGCUUCUAGGUCUUGAAGAGGUAGUUAAUCACAUGAUAGACUUCCAGCUCAUCGCACGUGGGCAGAAGAACCCAGAUGAAAGAUUUGUAUGCACUCCUUUCACCUGUGUACAGUGUGGCUCCGAUUUUACACCUGUCUGGAAGCGAGAGAAGCCAGGCUCGAAGAAUGUAAUUUGUGAGCACUGUGUGACAACCAAUCAAAAGAAGGCACUAAAGCAGGAGCACACAAAUCGACUCAAGUCUGCUUUCGUCAAAGCUUUACAACAAGAACAGGAAAUUGAACGUAUGCAAGCGUCGACCCCCACUCUGCAGCCUUUAGCAACCAGUACCCCUGUGUCCCAGCACCCGUCUGCCCCAAUGAUUUCUGCUGCCAGUGCAGCCGCAGCAGCAGCCAAUGCUGCCGCAGCAGCAGCUGUUGCCAACUUCAGGCCGAGCGCUGAACAGCUUCGCCAACACCACAGCUUUUACCAGCAGGCACAGUUGGGCCAGCCUUUAGGCCUUCAAGCCUUUUCCCACCGCAGUCCCUAUCCUUACAAUCUUCCUUACGCAAAGCAGCAAGAUCUACAACGGCAAUACCUGUUAGAUAUGAUUCCAAGAGGGAGCAUGCCUUGGAAACAAUAA